AUGAUCGAUAGUCUUGUCGCCCGUUUUCCCUGGACCCGGGCACCAUUCAUUGUCGGUGCGCCCAUGCGUGCGCUCGGGGGGCCCAGGCUUGCCGUCGCCGUCUCCAGUGCAGGAGGCUUGGGGUUCAUCGGGCCUCGAAGCACCAUGAGCGAAUGGCCCAGUGCCCUGAAGGAAGCAGAGCAGUUGGUUGCCAAGGUACGAACGGAGCCCGGGUCAGCAUUGUUCGGCUUGCGCCCGGAUGAUCACCAGCUGCCGGUGGGGAUCGGCUUCCAGGUGUGGGCCGACGACCUGGUGGUAGCAAAGGCUGUUGUGGAGGCCCAUAAACCGUGUGUUGUGUGGUUGUUUGCACCGCGACAGGGCCAGCGUGAGCUCGACGAGUGGUCUCAUGCCGUGCGCCAGGCCUCGCCCGAGACGGAUGUUUGGAUCCAAGUCGGCACGGUCACGGAGGCUCGCGAGGCCCUGGGGAGCUCUCAGCGGCCAAAUGCAAUUGUUGUCCAGGGCUCUGAUGCAGGUGGUCAUGGGCGGGCAAAAGAUGGACUCGGAAUUACGACUUUACUACCUGAGAUAGCGGAUCUUAUGGCCCAACAAGAACAGCGGCACAUCCCCUUGCUUGCAGCCGGGGGGAUUGUUGACGCACGGGGGAUAUUAUCUGCGCUCUCUCUGGGAGCUUCGGGUGUUGCGAUGGGGACUCGAUUUCUUGCGUCCACGGAGGCUAAUGCCGCCAAAGGGUACCAGCAGACAAUCCUGUCUGCAAGUGAGGCGGGGAAAAGCACCACGCGCACACAGCUGUACAACCAUCUACGCGGGAUCACAACUUGGCCGGAGGACUGGAGCCCCCGAGCCAUUAUCAAUCAAAGCUUUCGUGAUUUUCACGAGGGCGUACCAUUCGAGCAACUGAAGAAGCUACAUGACGACGCUGCGAAAACGGGGGACAGUGGAGGCGCGCAAGGCCGACUCGGGAUGUACGCUGGCACCGGAAUCGGGCUGAUUCAUGAUGUUAAAGACGCAGGCGUCAUUGUGAAAUCCUGCCGAGAAGAGACAUUGAAACUGUUAAACGAGCUUUCUACUUUCUUCCGUGGAUAG